AUGUUGUGUUGUGGAGGUGCAGAGGAGGAACACGACGGCCCGCCUGCUAAUCAAUAUCCAGCCCCACCAAAAGGAGGGAACCCUUAUGCUGGUGGCGGCGAGAGAGGAGAGCCAAGGACUGCUAAUACGGCGAAAACUGGAACUCCACAAAAGAUCUUACCAAUUGAAAUUCCAUCUAUGUCAUUGGAUGACUUAAACAGAAUAACAGAUGACUUUGGUACAAAGGCUUUGAUUGGAGAAGGUUCUUAUGGUCGAGUUUUCUAUGCAAAGUUAGAUGAUGGUGUAGAAGCUGCAAUAAAGAAGCUAGAUACCAGUACUUCACAGGAACCGGAUUCUGAUUUUGCAGCUCAGUUAUCAGUAGUUUCCAGGCUUAAGCAUGAUCACUUUGUGGAGAUGAUGGGAUAUUGUUUGGAGCAAAACAAUCGAAUCUUGGUUUAUCAGUUUGCGACGAUGGGUUCUUUACACGACGUAUUACACGGGAGGAAAGGUGUACAAGGGGCUGAACCAGGUCCUGCACUUAACUGGAAUCAAAGAGUUAAAAUUGCCUUUGGUGCAGCCAAAGGCCUUGAGUAUUUGCACGAAAAAGUUCAGCCUCCUAUAGUUCAUCGCGAUGUCAGAUCAAGCAAUGUCCUUCUUUUUGACGAUUUCAUGUCAAAAAUGGCCGAUUUCAACUUGUCGACUGGCUCUUCUGAUAGUGCAGCUCGGCUUCAUUCGACUAGGGUCUUGGGAACAUUUGGCUACCAUGCUCCAGAGUAUGCUAUGACAGGACAGAUAACUCAGAAAAGUGAUGUAUACAGUUUUGGAGUUGUUCUUUUAGAGCUUUUGACAGGACGAAAGCCAGUAGAUCAUACAAUGCCUAAGGGACAACAAAGUCUUGUCACAUGGGCAACUCCAAGAUUGAGUGAGGAUAAAGUGAAGCAAUGUGUGGAUCCCAAACUAAAUAACGAAUACCCACCAAAGGCAAUUGCUAAGUUGGCAGCAGUUGCAGCACUUUGUGUUCAGUAUGAGGCAGAUUUCAGGCCAAACAUGACAAUUGUUGUGAAGGCUCUGCAGCCACUUCUCAAUUCAAAACCAGCAGGGCCGUAGUCUCAACCAUAAAUUCCAAAAUUGGCUUCAGAACUAGCAGGCUUUUUCUUUCUUUUUUUUUUUUUUUUAGAAUUUGUAAUUGGUAUU